AUGUCCGACGUCCAACCACCCCCGCACCCCCGCAAACGCAGCUGGAUCGGCAAGUACGGCGCGGGCCCUAAAGACCCUCAGCCCACUCCCAGCCUCCCCACUCCCCGCGAGGGCUAUGAGCAGUCCUUCGAGUACCCCUUUGGCUCGUCCGCCACCGCCUCUAGCUCGACUGCAACCCUCACCGGCGCCCUCUCCCGCUCCAACUCCCUCACCUCCAUCGCCUCCCUCCUCCCCUCCCGUCUUGCUCCUCCGGCUCCCUUGAAACGCUCUUCUACUACAAACUUGCUAAUAAAGGACGAUCCCGAUUCACAGAAUGCCCUCUCUCGCACCGUCUCCACCCAGUCCAACAGCAGCAAGACCGGCGACACCAAUGUCACUCGCCCCCCCAGCGGCUCCUUCUCUCGCAUGACCCUCAGUUCCAUGAUGGGUGGUCUCUCCUCCCUCUCCCUCUCCCGCAGCACCGCCGCCGAUGAACGUGGCCGCUCCGAAAAGAAAUCCAAGGACAAAGGGACCGGCGUACGCUCCAGCUCCUAUUCCGGCGCGAGCCCCGAGGACCAGGACGCCACUCGCGGUCGUACGCGCAGCCAGUCCCCCUUUCGCCUCCGCCGCACCCGCACCCGCGACCCUUCGCCCGCCGUCGAGGCCCUCACAGCGUCCGACAUCGAGUCCGACACCGACUCCGUCCAGAUCCGCCCGCGCAACGCCUUCACGCUCUCCUCCGCGUCCGUCGACGAGUCCGGCGAUGAGACCGAGGACGACGACGACGACGACGAUUCCUGGAGCGACGAGGACGCGUUCGACCCCGUCACGGAGAGCAACACCGAGCGCAACGCGCUUAUCCCCGCUGACCUCGACCACGACGUCGUCGACGUGCCUGACCCGCUGGGCGAGGGCGUCAACGUCGUCGUCCCCCCGGAGCCGUAUUUCCCGUCGACUUUGAACGGUGGCGCCCGCAACCCCCGCCGCCGCAAGUCCAUGAAGCCUGACGCGCUCCCGCUGUCGACGUCGCGCCCCGAGUUUCAGCGCGACCGCUGCACGAUCACGCUCUGCCAUGGACAUCCGCAGCGUGACCUGGAUGAGAACGGCCGAAGGGGCAGACGGUACGUCCUGGCGAGCGAUCUGAGUGACGAGAGCAGGUACGCGCUGGAGUGGGGGAUCGGGACGGUGCUGCGCGAUGGAGACGAGAUGCUCAUCGUGACGGUCAUCGAGAACGAGAACAAGAUUGAUCCCCCCGUUCCCAACCCGACCGACCGAACGGCCAAGUUACGUAGCCAGCAAGAGCGUCAGGCCCUCGCGUACAUUCUCGUGCGCCAGGCAACGAGCCUACUGCAGCGCACGCGGCUGAACGUGACUAUCGCCUGCCAGGCGUGGCACGCCAAAAACCGGCGGCACAUGCUCCUCGACAUCGUUGACUAUUUCGAACCGUCGAUGCUUAUUGUGGGGUCCCGCGGUCUGGGCAACCUCAAGGGGUCAGCGCCUCCUCCGCCUCUGCGGAAUCCUCCUCGGAUCUACAUCCCACUAUCUGAUCCAGGUGAGCUCCCCCGCAUCUCCAUCUCCGCGCACCGUCCGCAAGCGUUGACCCUGCGCGCCUGUUUGCAGAAAUGCUCCGUCCCGGUCAUGGUUGCGCGCCGCAGGCUGAAGCGGCCCCCGCGGCGCUCGGCGCACCUCGCGCCCCACCGCGCGCGCGUGUCGCUCGCCCAGGCGGCCGGCGUCGACAGGAUGGCGCCCAAGGUCGACCAGGACGUCGAGGACAUGCGCACCCAGAUCGAGCAGCAGGACGACGACAGGCAGACCGUGGGCCAGACCGACGUCGACGACGACGCGGACACGGAGGUGGAGGUUGACCAGAUCGGAAGGAAUGUCAGCGCGUGA